AUGAUGUCGCUGCUUACAUCGAAACGAGCAUCUCCGCAUCUGGUGCCGAGUUGCCCGAGGAAACAGAUACGCCGUAAAGGGUAUUGUUCAAUGGCUGAUUACUGUGCCGUUCCCCAGGUGUAUUGGAAGCUCAUAAUGUCAACACCAGUUGUCCUUGCGAAGACUUGGAGUUGGUCGGGAGCAUCAGCAGAUGAAAUUCUAGCCCAUGGCCUAUAG